AUGCGAUCUGCCGAGACAGCCCAAGCUUGCGGACAUAUGCUCGCCACGCUUUUUACUGAUCGACCUACCCGAACCGAAAGUCGCAACGCCGCCAUUCUGCUGGGCGAGCACGCGAGCUACCCUCUCAUUGACGUGUCCGACGAAGUGGGCAAGCCCGGGCGUGAAGACACCGACGAGCUUACAACAAGCGCCAUCCGUUCGGCAUCUCGCAACGUCUCGCGCUCUAUCGUUCGCGCGAGCAACGCAUCGCCCCCGUCGAGGCACUGUCUCCUCGCAGGUAACACUGCUGGCGGCGCUGCCGAGACUCGAGCGAUACACGAUUCUAGCACUUGCUACUCUGCCUGCACGCAUCACGAGCUAAUUCGGCCUUUCGCGCCCGAAGCACCGGCAACAUCUGCUUCGGCUUGCCAAGUCAGCACAUCUGCGUUGUGCUGCUUCGACUGCCAAAGCUCGACGCCUACUGUGAGCAUUCAAGCAACUGUGCAGUGGGUAUGUCGUGCUGUUCUGCUACAUCCGAUACGAACAUACUCAUGCGAGCACAGACGAGCUGAGGAUCGCACUUUUGCGAAAAGGACUCCUCUUCACUUGAUCUACUCCUGA